UUCGAAAAUAAAUAAACGUUUCAGAAUUAAACUUUAAAACAUUGAGACACUUUAUUGUGAUACUCAACACGUCAUGAAGAUGUUCCUGUUACAGGUGCCAUGUUGGUUCUGAUGACGUCAUAGUUUAAACGGGAACAAGAGUUUAUUAAGAUAACGUUACGGAGAGGACCAGAGUUCUCUUCUGGAUCCUCAGGACUGGAUCUGAUCUGGACCUGGUCUGGGUCCAUUCAUGAAGAGAGAGUUGAGCUUCAUGAACAACCACUUCAAUAACAGACAUUUUUACAUAUUUAAAAUUUGAUCUUCAGUGUGUUUGUGUAAAAAUACUUCACGAGUCUCAGAGGACAAGAACUUCCUUUCAUCCAUUCAUAAAGAUCAAAGAUAUAUAUAUAUACUAUGUGUAUUAAGAAUAUUAAAAUCAGAUAUUAGAGCUGCUUUAAAGGAGAACAAAUCCUCACGUCUGUGGCUCGGAACCUGGAGGCACUGAUCACCUGCCAUACACACACUCACACACAAUACACACAUACACUGACACAUAUAUAAUACACACACUCGCACACACGCAUCGUGCAGCAGCAGCAGAUCUCCGCCAGCAAACAGAAAGCGGUUCCAGAUCCGCGUUAUUUCAGGGAGAACGGAUCCUGCAUCGGGACCAUCGGAACCAGAACCGAGCCGCUGUAACCCGAGACUAGCAGGCAGGUGUGUCCGGUGUCACGGCUCGUCAGCGGGUCCGGUUCUGCUGCUGGAAGACGAAACGUGAUCCGAAUCAAGACGGAUCGAUGGCCUGAGCUCCAUCAGGAUGAUGAUGAACUCUGAGAAGAUGAAGAAGAAACCUCCAAAGGACAGUUUGACUCUGCUGCCAUGUUUCUACUUUGUGGAGCUGCCCAUCGUGGCUUCUUCUAUGGUGUCUCUGUACUUCCUGGAGCUCACCGAUGUGGUUCAGCCGGCUCAGGUUGGGUUCCGCUGCCACGACAGAGACCUCAGCAUGCCGUACGUGGACGGAGGAGACGAGCUGAUCCCUCUGCUGAUGCUGCUCAGCCUCGCCUUUGCCGGACCGGCUGCCUCGAUCAUGCUGGUUGAAGGUCUGAUCUACUGUCUACAGUCCAGACUGAAGCUCCGUCGACCUGAAGGAAGCAUCAACGCAGGAGGCUGCAACUUCAACUCCUUCCUGAGGAGGACGGUGCGCUUCGUAGGUGUGCAUGUGUUUGGUCUGUGUGCGACGGCUCUGGUCACUGACAUCAUCCAGCUGUCGACAGGUUACCAUGCUCCGUUCUUCCUCACCGUCUGUAAACCAAACUACACUCAUGUGGGCGUGUCCUGUGACAGAAACGCUUACAUCACUAAAGACAUCUGCUCGGGUCACGACCAGCACGCCAUCAUGGCUGCCAGGAAGACGUUCCCUUCCCAGCAUGCAACUCUCUCUGCCUUUGCUGCUGUUUACGUUUCUAUGUAUUUUAACUCGACCAUCUCUGACAGCACCAAGCUGCUGAAGCCUGUCUUAGUGUUUGCGUUCUCCAUCACGGCGGUGCUGACGGGUCUGACUCAGAUCACUCAGCAUCGCAGUCAUCCCAUAGACGUCUAUGUGGGCUUCCUCAUCGGAGCCUUCGUUGCCGCUUACCUGGCAUUUCACGCUGUGGCCAACUUCAAGUCCUCUGAUGACAUCACUCUGACCCCACCUCCCCCGCGGCCGAAGGAGGACCCUCUGCGAGCGCUGACUGAGCGAGGACACGAGUCCGUCUACAACAAGGGCCCCGCCUCUGCCUCGGAGAGCAACGACGAGAUAGCGGCAGCUCCGGCCCCCAUGGAUCGGCUGGAGGGACUGGGGCCCCUGCAGAGGGAGAAGUCCUCCAUGGGUAGCUUGAAGAGGGCCAGCGUGGACGUGGAGCUGCUGGCUCCUCGCAGUCCAAUGGGAAAGGAGACCAUGUUGACCUUUAGCAACACGCUGCCAAGGGCUAGCAUGAAUGUUAAUGGGGUGCUGGGGGCUAACUCGGGACCAGAGGAACAGGUGCAGCCGGUGCAGCCGGUCCAGCCGGUGCAGCGGCGUCUGAAGGCCGUGCAGGUUCCCAUGGACCCGAUGCGCUCGCAGCAGCUGGUGACAGAGUGGAAGCAGAAGUCAAUGGAGAUGAGAGGUCUGAGCAUCCGGGACGAGACGGAGCAUGAGUUCAGCGAGGAUGGAUCCGAGGUGGGCUCUGUAGGGACAGACGACGGGGGGUCUCAGGUCCCCAUAUACCAGACCGCAGUGCAUUCUGGGAGGGCAGCCUCUAGCCGUAACCCCACUCCGCCUCCAGGGGGUGCCAAAGCUGUGGCGACUCCCAGACCGCCGCAGAUUCCUGAAGCUGGACCCCCACCGGUGUCCCCAAAGAGCGCCCUGACCCGGGCUAAGUGGCUUGCCAUCAGAGAGAAGGCCAGCGGGGAGGGUUCAGGCCGUGGCUCCUCAAACCAGCCACGACUCAUGCAGGUCAUUGCCAUGUCGAAGCAGCAGGGCCUCCUCCCCUCCUCCUCAGGGGAGAAGUCCUCUGAGACCACCUCCACCUGUUCUGGCACCUCCUCCACCGCAGACUCUCCGCACUACCGCCCCCCCUCUGAGCAGCAGCGGGAGGGCUUGGGUAUCAUCACUGUGGAUGCACACGCCCCCCACCAUCCUGUCGUUCAAGCCCAACCCCCUCUUCAAGCCCCGCCCCUCGCAGGUAACGGUAACCCGUGGGAGUGGGGGGGGGCGUCCAAUGGGGGCGACCCUCGAGACACCUAUGACCUCAACAGCCUGAACCGAGGAGACUCUGCCGCCCGUGGCAGCAGUUUUCGGCCCCACCGAUCUGCCUCGCCAUGCACCGCAGUCGGCCACGAUACGACCUUAACUCACCCACAGAUGGAGACGGCAGCAGACGCUCAGCGCAGGGAGAUGGCCAUGAGACGCAAGACAGCGCUAGUUCUGUUGGAUCGAGAGAUUCGUAACCAGACUGAACAGGAGAACUAUUAUAAGAGUUUGCAGGGACGAAGGUUCAAGGAUUAGUCUCUUACCUUUUAAAAAUAAAAAGCCUUAUUUUGAAACUGGUCACCAACAGCACAGACCCUGGACAGCAGUUUGGACCGUGUUGCUAUGCAUUUCUUGGGCUUCAUGUGAUGGAAGGUUUUAGCUGUAAGAGAUGAAAGUUUCCAUCCAGAAGGGUCAGGUUUGAUGCUCGGUGGCUCAACCCUCUGGACAGUCUUCUCUCGACAUAAAAGACGUAUUUAAUGUGUUAACACUCCUGCAGUAUCAGCCUUUACUUGUCCAGUAGUUCUUUUUGAGUAAUUAUUCAAAAUGUUAAAAGCCUUUCACGGAACCCACUUUACAAACAAAAAUCCAGCAAACCUACAUGAAUAAUGAUGCUGUUGGGUGGAAGUGAUGUGAGAACCCUGGCAGUAGAGUUCUGGUCUUAUUGAAGUCUGGAUUCUGUUUCAGUUAUGGAAGUGUAAUGGAUGGAUGAAGGUCUUUGUAACCGACGGAGGAAGUGUAAUGGAUGGAUGAAGGUCUUUGUAAUGGACGGAGGAAGCGUAAUGGAUGGAUGAAGGUCUUUGUAAUGGACGGAGGAAGUGUAAUGGAUGGAUGAAGGUCUUUGUAAUGGACGGAGGGGGUGUAAUGGAUGGAUGAAGGUCUUUGUAAUGGACGGAGGAAGUGUGAUGGAUGGAGGAGGUGAUGGUCACAGUCUGCAGAUGUUCAUCUGAUGGUACAAAACAGAUUUGGUGAUAGAUUUUAAUCUCUGGAGUCAUGGUCAUGUCAUAUAAUCUGGGGUCGAUUCACAGUUUCUCCAUUUCAUUACCAAAUAAGACAGAAUUCAUUUAUGACAUUUAGUUAUUUAAUUGCAUUUUGACAAAAAAUCUGAAUGGCUUAGUUUAUGUGCAAUAUUUUGUGGUUAACAAUUUGUUGUUGUUUACAGUCAGUGUUUGAAAUAAAGCUCAAAGCUUUGAAAGUUAUAAGAUAUAUUUAGAGUGUGGCUGGGGCCUGGCCUAAUAUUAAUGUUAUAUUAAUAAUAAUAAGAAUUUAAAAACCAUAUAUCAUCUUGACUUGGCUCUGACCAUCGUCGACACCUGAGAUCGUUGUCUAUCAGAAGCACCAUAAGUCGCCCAUUCUCAUGAUUUAGGUGGUGCUGGAGCCGAGUCCAUGCAGGGAUUACAUGCAGGUGGUGGAGCGGUUGUGGAUUAUUUUGUGGGCAAAUGAAUAAGAAGAGGAAACUCUUCUCCAGUCCAUCAGUGGUCAGAACGGUCCAGGUUGUUCCCAGCUGGUGACCAAAGUUGAACUAUAUCAGUUGAUGAUAUAAUGUUACAUAACGCUUCUCCAGACUUAAGAACUUGCUCUGCUGUUCUGCUCGUGUUCGCUGUAUCCGGGUUCCUCCGAUCCGACAGCUAUCAGGACCAAAAUGUGAUGCUUGGUUCUCGUCCAGGAAGUAUUCAUGUGAUCAUGAUACGCCUCCCAAAAGUAACACAUUUAGGAGUCAAGGUUGUUACGUCAUAAUCAUCAUGUAAUAAAACAUAUUGUUUUCUUAAUCUAAAUAAUACAAAAAUAUUGUGUUUACAUUGAGGCUCCCAUCGUUUGACCUACUUGUUGUACUGACGGUUCAGUUUGAAUGAGAGUUUCUGAUUGUGAUCUAAUGGUCAGAAUAUUAAAACAGCCACAGGGGGCGCUGGUCUGUUACCUUCCACUAGAAUAGAUGGAUGCACAUAAUGUACGAAGAUGUUGUUUCAUUUAUGUUUGUAUAUAAAAACGUGGCAAAAGAUCUCAGGUCAUUAAACAAAACCUUCUUCUGCCUGAAGACCAGAACCCUUUGGUCUGGUUCACUGAUCCUGCAGAGACUUUAUCUCCUUCAUCUUUAGAGUCGAACGUCCACAGUGUUGAGCCACCGAACAGGAAGCUGGAAGGAUUCCAUGGUAACUCAUUCUGUGAAUAAUCUGCAGUUCAGAGCCGAUUUUAAGGAUUAAUUCUGGAAGCACAAACUUGCAAGAAACCUGAACAAACCUGCAGUGAUGAGAUCCUCCUGCUGCUGCACCACCAUCCAACAGUCCAGCACCCACUUCCUGUCUCAGACCCCGCCUCCUCCGAGGGGAAGGCCUGUGUCUGUUUUCUGUAGAGACGUGAUUCGCUGACGUCUCUACCGACACAUUCUCACACCAACGUGUCAAAUAACGCAGCUCUGUCAGUGAUGCUGAGCUUCAGGUGACGACGCUCGUUACAUGCAGAGUGUCUUUUCAAGAUAAACUUCAGUCUUCACAGGAAGUUCGGUUUAGGCAAUAAAAGCACAGAGUUAGUUUGAUGAGUGUGGUUGGUGUAACUAUGAGUCAUGUGACCAACUUUUACUUUUAGUUUGACAGGAAAUAAACAGCGGUUUCCUGUUUGUUUGACUUAUCCCCCCCACACACACACCCCGCUGUGUGAACUAUCUCAUACUACCCAUAAUGCUUUGGGUGUCAGACGUUGAGGUGCGCUGACCGAGCUGCGAUACUUGAAGACAAACAGACUGUGGUGGCCAUCUUGAUUGUAUAUUACCAGAGUGUUGUCGUCCCUGUUGUGAUGGCUUGGUUGCUAUAGUGAUUCUCAGCAUGUUUGUUUGUUUGUGUGCUACUCUGAUUGGUCGAGGCUGUAAGUCUGUUCAGAGUUUUUGUGUGUGAAUCUGAAAGUGUGUAUUUAUUACGGAUAAAAGUGUAAUAUUUUGAAGGAAAAGUAGUAAUAUUACAGAAUAUGUUCUUAUUCUGUUGUAGUUAACGGAUUGUUUUCUCCUCAGUGGCUCUAUAAUGAAGAACAAGAGAAAUAUUUUAUUAAAGACACUGUACAUCUCAAACUCAAUCAGUUUAUCUGUCAAUAUGUAAUAUUGAUAAGCCAAUACUGUAAAUGUGUCCGUGUGUCGUUGCAUGUGUCCACAGUUUGAUUUUAAAUCAGACGUUUGUCCUUUUUUCAGGAUUUCUCUUCAUUUCCAUCUGAAUGUAAAAACAUGAAUGUUCAUUUAACUUGAACCUUAAAAAGUAAAAAUAACUGCUGCUAUAAAAAGAGUUUAAUGUGUGAAAAUAAGCCUGAAGGAUGGAUGCUGCAUGCUCGUUAUGAUGAAAGUUCAAAAUUAAAAGUUAUUCUUGAUCAAAAAUA